CGUUCUCUUUUCGGGCUCUUUACUUUGAAUCAUUAAUUCUUAUCUUACACUCUAAAUAAGACAUGGCAUGGGAAAGUAUUGCUGCAGACAAGCGGAGCCGUAUUCUUCAAUCUAUUCCCCAAGAAUGGCUCAUUGGCUCAAAGCCUCAAGACAUUUCCGUAAUGAAUUAUCCUGAGAAAAGUGGCAUCAUGUCAAAAGAUGAGCUUGCAAUUACCAAUUCCUCUGCAACAGAGCUGGUAGCCCAGCUUUCCAGCGGACAACAAAGGGCUUUUGACGUCACCCUGGCUUUCUGCAAACAGGCAGCUCUAGCACACCAAUUGCUAAAUUGUUGUCUUGAAAUCUUCCCGGAAAUGGCAUUAGCCCAAGCAAAAGAACUUGAUGCUUAUUUCGAAAAGUAUCAAAAACCCGUCGGUCCGCUGCAUGGGCUCCCAAUCUCGCUCAAGGAUCAGUUGCGGGUCAAAGGUUUGGAGACAUCCAUGGGAUAUGUUGCUUGGAUUGGGAAAUAUGACGAGGAGGAUUCAGUGUUAACAAAACUACUUCGAAAGGCCGGAGCAGUGUUCUAUGUAAAAACAAGCGUUCCUCAAAGUCUCAUGGUUUGCGAAACGGUCAACAAUGUUAUCGGCCGAACAGUAAAUCCGUGGAAUAGAAACUGGUCAUGUGGAGGAAGCUCUGGUGGAGAGGGAGCAUUAGUUGGUUUUCGCGGCAGUAUCAUUGGAGUUGGGACUGAUAUCGGCGGUUCAAUCAGAGUACCAGCAGCAUUCAAUUUCUUAUACGGAUUGAAACCGAGCCACGGCCGACUGCCGUAUGCUAAGAUGGCCAACAGUAUGGGAGGACAAGAAACUGUUCAUAGCGUGUGUGGCCCAAUUUGUCACUCUGUCCAAGACAUGAAGCUAUUCGUAACUUCUGUCCUCAGCAACGAGCCAUGGAAAUAUGAUUCCAAAGUCGUUCCCCUACCCUGGAGACAAUCCGAGGAAGACACGAUAAAAGCAAAAAUAAAUUCUAGCGGUCUGCGCAUUGGAUAUUACAACUUUGAUGGCAACGUUCUCCCUCAUCCACCAAUCCUCCGUGGCAUUCAGACCGUGGUCUCAGCUCUUCGCGAGCACGGCCAUACAGUUAUUGACUGGACACCUUACAAGCACGACCAUGCAGUCAAUUUAAUCGACAGAAUCUUUGCAUCUGACGGUGGUCAAGACAUUUUCUCUGUCCUCCAAGAGUCCGGCGAGCCAGCUAUUGCCAAUAUCCAAGACUUAGUCAACCCGUCUCUAUCCAAAGUUGACAUGAACGAGCUAUGGGACGUGCAACUCCAAAAAUGGAAAUGGCAGUGCGAAUACCUCGAGCAGUGGAACCAGCGCGAGGAAGAAGCAGGAGGGGAAAUUGAUGCCUUUAUUGCGCCAAUCAGCCCAACAGCAGCGAUUCGUCAUAACCAGUUCAAGUACUAUGGAUACGCAUCUGCAAUCAAUCUUCUGGAUUGGACAAGUGUGGUUGUCCCAGUGACUUUUGCUGACCGGAAUAUCGAUCCGAAGGUGGUGGAUUAUCAGCCGGUAAAUGCACUGGAUGGGAUUGUGCAGGCAGAAUAUGACCCGGAAGCAUACCACGGUGCACCUGUUGCUAUUCAAGUUGUCGGUAGACGAUUAAUUGAAGAAAGAAUUAUGACUAUUGCCCAAGAAAUUGGGCGUCUUUUAGGCCAUUAAUCCAGGCCAAGGGAUGGGCUUGGGUCAAUUUCAUUAGGUCUGUCUUAUUUGACCAAGACAUUUGGAGAACUUUCAUGGAUAUAUAACAUUCUGUGGUAUAAACAGAAAGCGUUUCGUAUCUACAUGUUCAUUUCGUGACAGUAAACGCUAGACAAAGAAAGUUUAGAGUACACAAGGAAUAUACAGUCGCUGUAUUUACGCAUCAAUGCAUUUAUGAAUCAAGGGGGAAACGAUCCAAGUACUUGAACUGCUUCAGGCCGCCCUCAAAGUCAUUGACAAAGUCCUUGCUCGUGCUGUUAGCGGUA